AUGCGGAGGAGGCCGAUGCUUAAAUUCCAAAGAUUUGGUAAACUCUCACAGGAUUACCUCAACGUGGAACGGUAUAUGGAAAAAAUUGUAUCACUUCACAAUUCCAUCAAUGCCCUAUUCCGGAUCGCUCAAAACAAAAAAUUCAAGCAAUGGUUCUCAACACCCUUGCACGUGACUCUAGUCCAGGGCAAAUCUCAAACAUUUCUAGUGGACAUGAACAAUCCUGAUCUCUUGCAGCAAUGCUUUGGAGGAAGACAGGCGGUUGCUCAAGCGCAUGAUCGAUGGCAGUCGAAAGUUGUUGCUCAAGUACACUCGGAGCUAACUAGCACGUCACGCCACCAAUCAAACAAAUUCAACUCCAUCGUUCGCGUCCACUGCGAAUGUGCUAUGGUGGUAUUCCUUGAACAACGUCUUAACGAAACGCUGAUUCAUUUCAUCGGUGUCUCCAAACUUUGUUGCCACGGCUGUUAUGUUUUCAUCCGUGCCUACAACGACCAGAAUGUUCGUAUUCGCUAUGAAUUUGCGGGCACUCAUGACUUGCAUAAUAAAGUCAAACGCGAAGUGCUGAGGAUUCUAAGGAACGACUUUCGUGCUGCGUGGACGCAGCCUCGUAAAGGCCGAUCAUAUUCUGAUAGCACUGCUGCGUCAUUCGUCCCAAUAGAUGAGGGGGAGGUGGAUCAAGGGGGCCAUAGUUGA